AUGGCCAUCGAAAAUACUGCAUCCACAUCUGAGGGAACUAACACAUCUGGAAGUGAUACUAAUGGUGUUUUGUAUGUGCAUCCCUCAGACAAUCCAGGAAUGAUUCUUGUUCCUGUUCAGUUUGAUGGAACAGGAUAUAGGUCUUGGAGAAGAGGUGUCAUGAGGGCUUUAUUAGUGAAAAAUAAGUUGGGUUUCAUUGAUGGAAGCUCUGAGAAACCAAAUACCAAUUCACCUCAAUUACGUCACUGGCAGAGGUGUGAUGAUAUGGUAACAUCUUGGAUUCUGAAAUCUUUAAUCAAAGAAGUUUCACACAGUGUGGAUUAUCUAAACAACUCUGCUGAACUUUGGAAGGAGUUGGAAGAUAGGUAUGAUCAAACCAAUGGAGCAAAAUUGUAUCAAAUCCAAAAAGAGAUCAAUGAUCUCACACAAGGUGUUUUAGACAUCACUGUCUAUUACACAAGAAUGAAGAAGUUGUGGGAAAAGUUGAAUACUUUGAAUGUGAAAAAUCAUUGUAGUUGUGUUUGUGUGUGUGGUGCAAAGGAUGGUAUGCACAAGGCUGAGCAAGAUAGGCGUCUAAUUCAAUUUCUUAUGGGAUUAAAUAAAGUGUACAUAGUGAUAAGAGGAAAUAUUCUCAUGAUGAAUCCACUUCCUUCCAUGGGUCAGGCUUUCUCAUUGCUGAUCCAAGAGGAAAAACUAAGAGAGUUUAAGCCUGUUGGUAGAAUGUCUACAUAUUCAGUUUCAUUGAAUGUUAAAGUUGUUGAUAACAAAGGAAAUGGAGGAAGAUUUUUUAAAACUAAUUUUCAAGGAAACAACUAUGCAAAUGGCUAUGGGAAUCAUGGUGAUGCCAACAAUGGUUCUGGAGGAAAUCAUUAUCCAAGUAAUAACAGUAACAGAAGUGUCAUAGUGUGUGACUAUUGUAAAAGGACUGGGCACAUCAAGGAUAAGUGUUACAAGUUGCAUGGGUAUCCCCAAAGAAGUAACAAUCAAAAUAAUAGACUAGGAAAUUACAAUGAUUGUCAGAGUUUUAGACAACAAAGCUCAAAUUACAAAGGAAAGAGAGUGGUAGCAAAUGUACAUGGUACUGUAGGUGAUAUGAUGUCUGCUAAUGGAGAGGAACAGUAA